CACACCCGCUUUCCACUCCUCCAAAAGCCCUUCCAUUUCUCUCUCUAUUCUUUUCUCUCUCUAUCUUCUUCUCUCUCAUCACCUAUUUGCUGCUACCAAUACAAUACUCACCAUAUAUCAUUUUAGCUCUCCCCUCAAUAUACCAAAUCCCUCACAAUAAUAAUUUCACAAAUUUUUCAUCCGAUUUCUGUUUCAGAAAUUAUAUCUCUCCGUGUUUUUGUGAGCACGAGCGUACCAUCUGAUAUUUUUUUUCUCACUCUCUCUCUACCUCUCUGCUUCUCCCAGGUUCAACUGUGAAAUCCUUGUGGGUUUUAGUGAUUUUACUUGUCUUUUCUCCUUGUAAAGUUGUUUUUGUGGCUUGGAGAUGAGGGAUCUGAGUUGUAACUAGUGUGUGAAGAAAUGGCUGCAUCUGAGGUUUCGAUCAAGGGUUAUAAAGACAUCGGGGACCUUGAUUCCGGUCAGGUCAAGGGGAAUUCCGGCGCCGGAAAAGUGGAUGCUGAGACAGCUCUAUAUACUGAACUAUGGAGGGCUUGCGCUGGUCCUCUUGUGACCGUACCUCGUGAGAACGAGCUUGUUUUUUAUUUUCCACAGGGACACAUAGAACAGGUGGAGGCAUCUACUAAUCAAAGUGCAGACCAGCAGAUGCCUGUUUAUAAUCUUCCUCCCAAGAUUCUGUGUCGAGUGGUGAAUGUUAAUUUGAAGGCUGAACCUGAUACCGACGAGGUGUUUGCUCAAGUUACCUUGAUGCCUGAACCUAAUCAAGAUGAAAAUGCAGUGAAAAAGGAACCUCUCCCAGCACCGUCUCCUAAUUUUCACGUACAUUCUUUUUGUAAGACUCUUACUGCGUCAGAUACAAGCACUCAUGGUGGGUUCUCAGUCCUAAGACGUCAUGCUGAUGAAUGUCUUCCUCCACUGGAUAUGUCUAGACAGCCCCCCACUCAGGAACUAGUGGCAAAAGAUCUGCAUGGAAACGAGUGGCGAUUCAGGCAUAUUUUUCGUGGUCAACCACGUCGACACCUCCUCCAAAGUGGUUGGAGUGUCUUUGUUAGUUCGAAAAGACUUGUUGCAGGGGAUGCUUUUAUAUUUUUGAGAGGGGAGAACAAUGAGCUGCGUGUUGGAGUUAGGCGAGCCAUGAGACAGCAGGGUAAUGCUCCAUCUUCAGUCAUAUCUAGCCACAGCAUGCAUCUUGGUGUUCUGGCAACUGCUUGGCAUGCAAUUCAGACCAAGACUAUGUUCACAGUUUAUUACAAGCCGAGGACCAGCCCUGCAGAGUUUAUAGUCCCCUAUGAUCAGUACAUGGAGUCUGUUAAAAACAACUAUUCAAUAGGAAUGAGAUUCAAAAUGAGGUUUGAAGGAGAAGAAGCACCAGAACAGAGGUUCACUGGAACUAUUGUCGGAAUUGAAGACGCGGAUCCCAGUAGGUGGCCAGAGUCGAAAUGGAGAUGCUUAAAGGUGCGAUGGGAUGAAACUUCAACAACUCCUCGACCUGAGAGAGUUUCACCCUGGAAAAUAGAACCUGCUAUUUCUCCACCUGCGCUAAAUCCACUUCCAGUGUCCCGACCGAAAAGGCCUCGAUCAAAUGUCUUACCCUCAUCGACCGACUCUUCUGUUCUUACUAGGGAAGGUCCAUCUAAGAUGCCAGUAGACCCUUCACCCGCCGGUGGAUUUCCAAGGGUCUUGCAAGGUCAAGAAUUGUCGACCUUGAGAGGCACUUUCUCUGAGAGCAAUGAAUCAGAGGCUGCUGAUAAGCCGUUAAUGUGGAACUCCGCAACAGAUGAUGAGAAGAUUGAUGUAGUUUCUGCUUCCAGAAGAUAUGGGCCGGAUAAAUGGUUACCAAUGGGAAGGCCCGAAUCUUCGUUCACAGAUCUUUUGUCUGGUUUUGGGUCACAGAUUAACUCGUCUCGUGAUUUCUGUAUGCCAUCUGGUGAUCAAGCAGUUCAGAAUCGACAAACACAAGAACGCGAUGCAAAAUUUAGUGUAAUUGGUAACACUUGGUCAUUACAGCCUUCAAGCCUGUCGCUCAAUCUGAUGGAUUCCAGCUUGAGGAACCCCGAAACAUCUUAUCAGACUCGUGGGGAUGUUAGAUACGGCGCUUUUAGAGAUUUUUCCUUGAUUUCCGACAAUCAACCGGCAAACUGGCUGAUGCCGCCUCCUAUUUCACAACAAUACCUUCAAAUUCCGCCAGCUCAGCCGAGAGAUAUGAUGCCAAAGCCGGUAUUUUCUCAAGCACAAGUAGAUGCUGUGAGGCCAAAGGAAGGGAACUGCAAGCUAUUCGGCAUUUCCCUAUUGAGUAAUUCUGUAUCGUUGGAAUCGUCGCUAUUGGCAAACAAAACCUCUGUUGUUGAGCCGUCAAAUAGCAUGCAUCAUGGUGUACAUUACCCAGCAAUUGAGGCUGAUCAAAGGUCAGAUCAAUCUAAGGGCUCAAAAGUGGUGGGUACUCCAGUUGCCACUGGUGAGCAGGACAAGCAAUUCCAUACUUCCCAUCUUGCGUCUCGCGAGAGAGAAGGCAAAGGUCAUUCUGGUUCAGCCAGGAGUUGCACUAAGGUCCAAAAGCAGGGGAGUGCUCUUGGUAGGUCGGUGGAUCUUUCCAAGUUUGAUAAUUAUGAUGAAUUGAUUGCGGAGUUGGACAGUAUCUUUGAAUUCGAUGGUGAACUCAAGGCACGGAACAAAAAUUGGCUUGUCGUGUAUACCGAUGAUGAGGACGAUAUGAUGCUCGUUGGAGAUGACCCCUGGGACGAGUUUUGUGGCAUGGUUCGUAAAAUCAUGAUACUUACGAAAGAGGAAGUGCAGCGUAUGAAUCCAGCAACUUUCAAUUCUAAAGGUGAAGAAACCUCGUCAGUUGCGGAAGGCCUGGAUGCUAAAGAAGAUAAGCAUUUGCCAACAACUUCAUCAUCUAACCCUGAUGAUGAUUGCUAGUUUUCCACAUCUAUCCUGGUAUGCAAUGCUGGCGAGGAAGAGAAGAUAUGUUUCAUCGAGCAGUCAAAAUUUUUUGGAGCCAGGAGAGAUGCUCAUAUAUGCGCAAUGGACGUCAUGCUGGCAGGACUUAAAUCUCGUAUUUUGAUGCAAUUUUUAGUAAUAUUUUGCAAUUUUGAACCCCCGGUCAUACAUAUAAUGUAAAUGACACAUUAUGGGGCAUUGCUAUCUUUGAACCAUGUGCUCACCCAUUGUAAAUAGCUACCCCUCUUAUUUACCAGCGUCCAUGUAAUUAAGCAUUCAAUGCAGAGUUGGGAGUUGGCAUCUGCUAGAAUAUAUCAGUUUUAUUGGUAUGUGAUGUUCUGUUAGCACUGUUUCACUUCUGUUGGGCAUUGAUUUGUCUUUCCUUGUGCUUUUAGAUGGAUGUUCUGUUAGCACUGUUUCACUUCUGUUGGGCAUUGAUUUGUCUUUCCUUGUGCUUUUAGAUGGAAUAUCAUGU